AUGACUCAGCUGGAAAUUGACCCUCCCGAGGGUUUCGAAUGGCACGCCUGCCAGCACGUUUAUAUUCGCAUUCCGAAACUGUCACCCUGGGACAACCAUCCGUUCACUAUCGCCAACGUAUGUGACCCAUCCAUUCCUGAAGGUGAGAGGAGGCUACGAUUCUUCAUUCGGUCGUACACUGGCUUCACACGGCGCAUCCACCACCACCUUACCAAGAACGCCGAAGCCGACCUAGAGGCUUGCCUCGACGGUCCCUAUGGGACCUACCAUGGCGACGUUCUGACCACCUACGACACUCUGAUCCUGAUCGCUGGCGGGGGCGGUAUCAGUGCCAUUCUGCCGGUGGAUCCAAGAAUUUGUGCUCAGCAAAAGGAAAGGGAGCCCGCUUCGAGUAUCGUCUAUGCGUUGGAGGAUCUCAGCCUCUCCAAGCUGGAUCCAGACGCUCAAUUUACCGUCAACGUGACUGGAGAGAAGAUCGAGCCGCCAACAGCCAUCGGCGAAAAACCCCCUACCCCUACCGAUCCUUCUGUAUCCGAAGUAGACGUCAAGGGAGCCAGGGUCGAACAAGACCGAAUCCGCUUCACGGCUGUCUCCGAGAAGCUUCAGCCGCGAUCGAAGACCCUAGCAAUCGAUAUGAAGCCAGCACAACCCUGCCAUUUGGUUCAAGCUAACAACUUUCCCAGCAUGCGGGCCGGAAAGCCUUAG